ACACUGCCUGCAAGAACCGGCCCCUAGACCUUGUCUUCAUCAUAGACAGUUCCCGUAGUGUCCGACCUGAAGAGUUUGAGAAAGUGAAAAUCUUUUUGUCAAAAAUGAUUGAUACUCUGGACGUUGGUGAAAGAACAACCCGUGUGGCAGUCAUGAAUUAUGCCAGCACUGUCAAGGUAGAGUUUCCCCUCCGGACCUACUUUGAUAAAGCAUCUAUGAAGGAGGCUAUAUCUCACAUUGAGCCCUUGUCCGCUGGCACAAUGACUGGCCUUGCCAUCCAAACUGCCAUGGAUGAAGUCUUCACUGAGGAAAUGGGCACCCGGCCAGCAACCUUCAAUAUCCCCAAGGUGGUCAUUGUCGUGACAGAUGGACGACCACAAGACCAGGUUCAAGAUGUGGCAGCAAGCGCCCGGACAGCUGGCAUUGAGAUCUAUGCAGUUGGGGUAGACCGGGCAGACAUGCAGUCCCUGAGGAUAAUGGCCAGCGAACCACUGGAUGAACACGUCUUUUAUGUGGAAACCUACGGUGUGAUCGAAAAGCUGACAUCCAAAUUCAGAGAGACUUUCUGCGCUGCGAAUGUGUGUGCACUUGGGAGCCAUGACUGCGAGCAGAUCUGUGUGAGUAACGGCGGAUCCUACCUUUGCGAUUGCUAUGAAGGCUACACUCUGAAUCCAGAUAAGAGAACCUGCUCAGCUGUGGACACGUGUGCACCUGGAAGGCACGAGUGUGAUCAGAUCUGUGUGAGUAACAAUGGAUCCUAUGUCUGUGAAUGCUAUGAAGGCUACACCCUGAAUCCAGAUAAGAAGACUUGCUCAGCCAUGGACAUGUGCACACCUGGAAGGCAUGAUUGUGCACAAGUCUGUCUGAGUAAUGAUGGAUCCUACAGCUGUGACUGCUUUGAAGGAUAUGCUCUGAAUCCAGAUAAGAAGACUUGCUCAGCUGUUGACAUGUGUGCACCUGGAAGGCAUGACUGUGAGCAGGUCUGCGUGAGAGAUGAUCUCUUCUAUACCUGUGACUGCUACCAAGGUUACACCCUCAAUCCAGACAAGAAGACUUGCUCAAGAGCCGUAACGAGCAGUCUUGUAACAACUGAAGAAUCCUGUAAGUGUGAAGCCAUAGCUGCCCUGCAGGACUCGGUCACCUCACGCCUUGAAGCUCUGUCCACAAAAUUAGAUGAAGUGUCUGAGAAGCUGCAAGCGUAUCAAGGCAGACAGCAGGUUGUCUGA